GUAGUAGUAGAUGUCCCCGCCCAGUUCUGAUCGUGGGCUGGGCCCAUGGCCGGACUCGGUCAGGCCUUCGGCUUUGCGUGGUCUAGGCCCAGCUUUGAUUGCCAGCGUAAUUCUUUUUCUUUCAAAAGAAAAAUCAUUGAUAAAGGAUUCACCCCAAAAAGAAAAAAAAAAAUCAUUGAUAAAAGGAACAAUCUUGUACAAGACAGUGUAUUAUUGUGAGUGAUCUACCGGCUUGCUCAGCACUGUCUAUUCACACGGCUAUUUGGGAAAUUAAGGUAGUUUCUGGGGACAUUUGCAAUGCAACUAAUUUUUCCGUAGAAUUGUCCUGCUUCUAGUUCUGUUACUGUACUGGCCGGGGUCCAUCUCAAAGCUGAGCUAAUGAGUGAUAAUAAUAGGGCCCAGUGGGCUUAUCUAACUUUGCUUCUUACGGCCCCAAUGAAGAAAUGGAAAUGGCGUCAUCUGCUGUGCUCCUCUCUCCUUUUCUGCAUCUAAUAGCCAGCCAUUGGAGCUGAAACGAGGAGUUCCUCUCUCUCUGUCUCUGUCUCUGUCUCUGUUCGGGUUUGGGCGGAGCUUCCCAUGCAAUGUAACUGUCUUGUCUCCUCCAGCUCCCAACUACUAAUCUCUCUCUCUCUCUCCCCGCGCGUUUAAAGUCCAGCUUAGUUGAGAGAAAGCAAGCUCUUUUACACACUCUGCGUGGCGGUGAAUUACCACAAAAUGCUUCACCAAUCUCUGUCAAAGCCUUCCAUCUCAAUCCAGAUCCCAGUUCGCCACCCCUCCUCGACCUCAUGCACCGCGUUCAGAGUCCGAUGUGCUGAAUCCGUUGAUUCGCAGCCCAAAACCUCCGCCAGUGGGCCGCCUCCCCCGGCGGCGGCGAAGCUAAUGGAAUCGGAGGCUUCAGCGAAAAGGGGGCCAUACCCGGGUGGGAUGACGGGUCCCUUCACGGGCCGGGACCCGAAUGUGAAGAAGCCCGCGUGGUUGAGGCAGAGAGCUCCCCAGGGACAGAGGUACGACGAGGUCAAGGAAUCCUUGUCCAGGCUGAACCUCAACACCGUCUGCGAGGAAGCUCAGUGUCCCAACAUUGGAGAGAUAGCUUCUGGGGUUUUCAAGAUUGUCAUGUUCUGCAGUAUUGAUGUUGGACGCAAUUCAUGCAGUGCUGGAAUGGGGGAGGAGACGGUAUUGCUACUGCUACCAUCAUGCUCCUUGGGGAUACUUGCACUCGUGGUUGCAGGUUUUGUGCAGUCAAAACCAGCAGAAACCCCGCUCCACCUGAUCCGAUGGAACCUCAAAAUACCGCAAAGGCAAUUGCAAGUUGGGGACUACAUUGUUUUAACAAGUGUUGAUCGUGAUGAUUUGCCUGAUGGUGGAAGUGGGCAUUUUGCUCAAACUGUUGAAGCCAUGAAGAAACUGAAGCCCGAAAUCAUGGUCGAGUGUUUGACCUCUGAUUUUCGAGGUGACUUGACUGCUGUGGAGUCUCUUGCUCGCUCUGGCUUAGAUGUCUUCGCCCACAAUAUCGAGACUGUGAAGAAACUUCAGCGUAUUGUUAGAGAUCCUCGUGCUGGUUAUGAGCAGAGCUUAUCAGUUCUGAAACAUGCGAAGAUGAGUAAGGAAGGGAUGAUUACGAAGUCUUCUAUAAUGCUGGGUCUGGGAGAAACUGACGAUGAGUUGAAAGAAGCCAUGGCCGACUUAAGGGCCAUUGACGUCGAUAUACUGACGCUAGGACAAUAUCUCCAGUUUCUUGGGAGUUGGUGACUGAUGCCUCGGUGAUUUUCACUCUCUUCUUGCAGCCAACACCACUUCAUUUGACGGUGAAAGAGUACGUCACACCUGAGAAGUUUUCGUUCUGGAAGGAAUAUGGGGAAUCGAUUGGUUUC